AUGCCAUCUCGAAAUCGGGAUACACCCGCUGCGGAUGAAUAUCAAGCACCCUCGUUUGGUAGAGCAAUUGCAACAAAAUCACAAAAGAACCAAGGAAACGGAGAUGGAACUCAGGACGUUCCUCUAUCUCACUCUCCAUUCUUUAGUGAUAAAGAAAACAUAGAAGCAAUCGCAUGGGCUCAAACAAAUGGAAAACAUGAAAAUGACGCCGAGAAUGGCGCUAUUUCUAUGCGACAUGGAAGACGCAGAAGGGAUAGUCAAGUUGGAAGCUACGAUGAUAUGGCUAGCAUCUUUGAUGGUCCUUCAGCAGGCGCUGUUCCUUCUUCGGUGAGCAGCAUGCAUCACAAUUACAGAGAUAUUCAAUUACGAUCUUCCGGUCGUUCACGUAGAAGGAUCUCAAUGGAUUCCGGCACCCUUGGACGAUCGCGUAAGAUAAGUAACGUUUCAGCUCGCUCACGAACAAGCUUUGAUGAAGAAGCUGUCUCUAUUGGAGGCGAUGAUCGUAGUAUAGCAAGCGGCGCUGCAAGUUCUCGUCGUAUCGGCAGCAGACGAAAGGUACCGGAAAGAGGAGAGAAUGAACCACGAGGAAUGCUUGGCUCUAUCAUGGCAAGCUUGCGGGGUGAUGCACAUGAGUCACCUUCAAGGCCAUCUUUUGGUCGUACCAGAUCGGGAGGUUCUGUCACAUCCAGAACUUCUUUGAUGGCCCGCAGCGUGGAUGAUGAAGAAGCAGCAGAAGAAGGAGAAGAAGAAUUUUCAGGAUCAGAAGAAGAAGAAACAUUUGACGAAGAGGAGGAUGGUUCCAAUUCCAGCAGUGACGAUGAUGCACGUAAUCGAGAUGGUUUCAUGCCUUCCGCUUUUGGCCCCUUGAGUGGUGCUGUUGACCCAGUCUUUGGUGAUUCACGCAGAGCUCAAGCACCUAAUGAUGAACUAGACGUCGAGCUAGGCGGAUAUGACGAAACACACGAGCCAGCAGCUCCUUUCUCAGACGUUGACCCAAUGAGCUCACGCAUCGAUUCAUCUGCUGAUGUGAUUAAUGCUGCUCGUGAGGAGGCAACCUACAUUGACAAAGACUCCACCUCUAGACAACAGAUUUACCUAGCAGAUGAUGACUGUCUGAUUCGAUUUACAGGUUAUGAAACAAAAGCUGUUCGUAAGCUUAUGUUUAUCAUCGUUUCCAUCCUUUCCUUCGGUAUCGUCUAUUUGCUUGGAAGAUGGCUACCAAAGUCUUACUUGAAGUGGGUCUGCAAAGAGACUUCGUUUGACAAGGCAGAGUUUAUUGUUGUGCAGAAUCAGUGGGGUGAUCUUGUCGAGGCAAAGCCGGCAACUGUUCCUUUCGCACGUCCGUUGGGAACCGUUUUCCCGCUUUCCUCAACUGAUCCAGCAAGCACACAGGCAGAACAUCAGACAAAAAGCGUUCAAAGUACCAAAUUACCUCCAGCACUGCAGAAGCCACAAAAGAAAGUCAAUUCAGCACAUCAAAAAGACCAAAGCAAUGGUCACCCAGCACAAGAUGUGCCAAUUCUCUCCAGCGUUGAAACAGAGCAAUUGAUGGAUUUGACAUACAUCGACUAUCGUUACAUGCGUUUCGCAUUACACCCACCUUCGUGCAGAUGGAGAAUGAUCAAAGACUGGCGUGACCCACUCUGGACAUCAACAGACGCUCUUGCAAAAGGUAUCAGCUGGGAUGCAGAGAAGGAUCGAACAACUUUGUUUGGUCAAAAUGUGAUCGAAAUCGAAAAGAAGUCUACCAUGACUUUGUUGGUGGAUGAAGUCUUACAUCCUUUCUACAUUUUCCAAAUCGCAUCAGUAAUCUUGUGGAGCUUGGAUGAUUACUACUACUAUGCAAUCUGCAUCGUCAUCAUUUCGUGCGCCAGUAUCAUCACCACUUUGAUCGAAACAAGCAACACCGUUCGACGAAUGCGAGAGAUGAGUCGAUUCAGCUGUCAAGUUAAUGUUCUACGCGAAGGCAAAUGGACAACGAAGGAAAGUACCGACCUCGUCCCUGGUGAUAUCUAUGAUGUUGCAGAGGCUGGCCUGCUCUUGUUCCCUGCUGAUAGCGUUUUGCUAAGUGGAGAUGCGAUCGUAAACGAAAGUAUGUUAACAGGUGAAUCGGUUCCUGUAUCCAAAAUUCCUCUCACCGACGACAGUAUCAGCAUGCUACAUUCGACCUCCUCACAAAUUCCAUCCGACUUGGCUCGUCAUUUCUUGUUUGCUGGAACACGCAUCAUUCGUAUCCGUCCUACAGUCGUUGAAGACGAAGGUGGCUAUCAAGCAGGUGCAAAAGCAAUGGUCGUUCGUACUGGAUUUGAUACUACAAAAGGAGCUUUGGUGCGAAGUAUGUUAUUCCCAAAGCCUAUGGGAUUCAAAUUUUAUCGUGAUUCGUUCCGUUUCAUUGGUUUCUUGGCGUCGAUCGCAGGUGUUGGUUUCAUUUUCAGCAGUUUCAACUUUGUCAAAUUGGGUAUUGCUUGGCAUACGAUUCUCGUUCGUGCUUUGGAUUUAAUCACAGUUGUUGUUCCGCCCGCUUUGCCUGCUACGAUGAGUAUUGGUACAUCCUUCGCAAUCUCUCGUUUACGUGCUGCCGGUGUCUUCUGUAUCUCACCAAAUCGUGUCAAUAUUGGAGGAAAAGUCAACGUGUUUUGCUUCGACAAAACCGGUACACUCACUGCUGAUGGAUUGGACGUCUUGGGCAGUCGUACCGUAGACAAGAAAGCCAAUCGAUUCAGUGAAUUGCACGAAUCUGUUGACGAGAUGCCAGUCUCUUUACGUGCAGGUGAAACUGAUUCACGCAAGAUGCCCCUCUUGCAUGCACUGGCUACAUGUCACAGUCUCAAGGUAGUAGAUGGCGAAGUGAUCGGCGAUCCUUUGGAUGUGAAAAUGUUUGAAUAUACCGGAUGGACACUGGAUGAAGGAAAAGAUGCAAGCGCCAAAGCAACGACGAAAAGUGGAACAGCCAAAGAUGGCAAGAGCAGAUUGACAGAACGUGCUCCUGCUCUUGUGCAAACUGUAGUCAGGCCUCCCGGAGGACAAGCGUUUGACGUUGAUGAUGCAAUGCGUCCAGGCAAACACGCUCAUUUCCUAGAAGUAGGAGUGUUGAGAACGUUUGAAUUCGUUUCACAAUUACGCAGAAUGAGCGUGAUUACCAAACAAUUGAAAUCAAACUCGAUGGAAAUCUUUGUGAAAGGAGCACCUGAAGUCAUGUCGGACAUUUGCGAUGAAGAUUCAUUCCCAAGCGAUUAUGAUGAUUUGCUCAGCUAUUAUACCAAACAUGGAUAUCGUGUUAUCGCAUGUGCCGGUAAAAGUAUGCCAGGAAUGAGCUGGAUCAAAGCUCAACGUAUGCGAAGAGAACAAGCAGAAAGUGGAUUGAAAUUCCUUGGUUUGAUCAUCUUUGAGAAUAAGAUCAAAGAAGGCACUGGACCUGCUAUGGCCACACUUAUGGGCGCAGGAAUUAUUACGAAGAUGGCAACAGGUGACAAUCCUCGAACGGCAAUCAGUGUUGCACGUGAAUGUGGAAUGGUCGGUCAAUCUGCUCAUGUGUUUGUGCCCACGUUUAUACAAGGCAAUCAAAAGUCACCUGAAGCUAUAUUGGAAUGGGCCAGCGUUGAUGACGAAAGGAUCAAGUUGGAUAAUUACAAACUUAAGCCACUCGAUAUCGAUCCACACGUUUUGGACAUUGAAGAAUUGGAUUUCCAAGAUUAUCAAUUGGCAUUGACGGGAGAUGUUUUCAGAUGGAUGAUCGAUUUCGCGCCAGUUGAAACAUUACGUAGAAUGUUGAUCAAAGGUACCGUGUUUGCACGUAUGUCACCGGAUGAAAAGCAUGAACUGGUCGAACGUUUACAAGCACUUGGAUACACUGUUGGAAUGUGUGGUGAUGGUGCAAACGAUUGUGGUGCUUUAAAGGCUGCCGACGUCGGUAUUUCGCUUUCAGAAGCAGAAGCUUCCGUUGCUGCUCCUUUCACAUCUAGAUCUCCCGAUAUCUCAUGUGUGAUCGAGGUGAUCAAAGAAGGAAGGGCUGCAUUGGUUACUUCUUUCUCUUGCUUCAAGUAUAUGGCACUUUACAGUCUUAUUCAAUUCACCAGCAUUUCAUUGCUCUACAGUUUCGCAAGUUCUUUAUCCGACGGUCAAUUCUUAUACGUUGAUCUGUUCUGCGUCUUGCCUGUAGCCGUUGCUAUGGCACGUACACUUCCU